AUGGGGCGCUUGCCACCGGCUUCGGAGAGCGAUGCGCUGCUGCGUGGGCGACACGGCGACUCGUUUGCAAAGCUCGAGCACCGACAGCAACGUGGGGCUCGACGACGGGCUCGUCGUGGGUCCCCUUUGUUGAGCGUGUGCAGCUGCUUCCGAGUGCUCGUCACGGGCCCUUGCUCUGGUCUUGUGGUAGCCAUUGCAGGAUUGUUGGUGCUACUGGGCGUUGCGUGCUCGACGAUUGCACUCCUGGGGAGCUACAGCGCCGACGAGUACUUGCUACUAGGCGCGAUUGCCUCGGGGGCGUUUACGCUGGUGAUCAUCGUGGCGUUUGCCACGAGUCCCGUUGUAAGGGCACACCCGAAUCCUCUGAUUGUCAGCAAAAGCUUGGUGGACCUACUGCUGGCUGGGAUCUACAUGACGGAAUACUGCGUGACGGAGUUCUCGGAAUCGGUCGAGAUGCCGUUCCGCAUUGCUGCAAUCACGCAGGCGCUGCUGAUUGCAGGCGAGUUUUGGUUCUUUGCUAUUCCCAUCGACAUGGUGCAGUCGAUUACAAACCCCUUCACGUCGUACACGCACAACUUUAGGGCGUACUGGUUCUACUCGGUGCUCAGUGGCAUUGUGUCUGGACUCGUGCUAUGGUCUCUCGGUGAUACAGAGGUGGAAUGCCUCAUGAUGGACAACACGAACCCCGACUGCGCGAAAACUACAAAAACCAGCGAGCAGCGGUUUAUCUGGUUCCAUCAUAAUACGGAAAUGCCUGGCUUCUUCUGGCAUCAGUGGAUCCUGUAUCACGUGUGCGUCGUGGUGUAUUUGCUCUUUGGUCUAGCCUGCAUGGCAUACGUGCGCAUCCGGCUGCGUCGCGGACUGGAGGAGACGUUUGAAGUGCGACGUCGCGUGCUGUCUAACGGCAUGCUCACAUGCGCGGUAUUCAUCUCAUGGUCGUUCUUGACGAUCUUUCUCUUUACCAUGACGAAUACGGCGACAGUAAAGGCCACACUGGGCAAAACCUUGUUCCAAGAGCUUAUCGACCUCAGCGCGUUUCUGCAUGCUUCGCGUGGAUGCGUCAACAUCAUCGUCUGGAUUGUGGUCAACGCGCCCUUUUUCCCUUCCUUUUACGCCGAGGGCUCAGUAGACUCGACACUGCAGUCACCUUACAAGGACGGACUGACAAUGCGGGAGUCGUUUUCUACGUGUGGUGAUAACAGUUCAGUGUGCACUGAAGGAAGCGACGUUAAGCGCGAUGACUCACAGGAUGGAUUGAUGAACCCACAGCUGAACGUGGCGUUGCGAAAGCAGAUGAUCCAGAUGGCAACAAACGGCAUCAUCGAGUCAGUUCAGCACUAUCACCGUAUGCGGCGAGCAAAUGGGAACAACCACACCUUCCAACUAGACUGGCAGCGAUCACCUCAGCGAAGCAUGAGGCAGUUGCUGUCGUCCUUGUCAUUCAGCGGAAGUGUGGGCUCGAUGACUGUGCCUCCGAGGUCCAUGCCGAUGUUGCGAGAAAUGAGAAAUUCGAAUGUACGGGUUGUGGAAGAACCGUGCGGCACUCCGCUCAACAUGCGCUUCACGUUCAUUCCCAUGACGUUGACGGAAAUGCAAUUCUAUGAUUUCCAGCCGCGUGUGUUUGCAUCCAUUCGCCAACUAUACGGUGUCAAUGACGUGGAGUACAUCUUUGCGUUUCGCACCACGAUCAAUGAACGGAUAAGCGAGGGUCGAAGUGGCGCGUUUGUGUUCAACACGUGCGAUCGCCAGUACUUGGUAAAGAGCACUACGUCGAAAGAAAAGGAGGUGCUGCUCCGAUUGCUGCCCACUUACUUGCACUACCUCAGGUGGAAUCCAGAAACGCUUCUGCCUCGCUUUUUCGGCUUCCACGCUAUGAAGAUGUAUGGCCAAAUUUUCCAUUUCAUCGUGAUGGGAAACUUUUUGAGCACGAAUGAAGUGAUCCACCGCCGAUACGAUAUCAAGGGAUCUUGGGUAGACCGCAAUGCUCCUGCUUGUGUUCUGGGUGAGAAAUAUCGCUGCUCGAAGUGCAACCGGUUCUUUACAUUUGGAGGUGCACCGGGGGACCCAUGUUUUUUGCCUGGUGAAGAGCAUUACCCUGACAUCACGCUACGAGACAACGAUCUGAAGAAACGGUUGAAGCUGGAGCCGGACCUGGCGGUACAGCUGAUGAAGCAGCUUACCCGUGAUAGCAAUUACCUCGCCAGCGCCGGUAUCAUGGACUACAGUCUUUUGAUCGGCACGCAUUACUCGCAUUUUACCAUCACGACAGAAAAUGAGAGAGGACUUUCGCGUCGAAAAUCGGUGGAGCUUAGUGUGCACUGUCGUGAGCAAAAGCCUGAUGCAACUGUGCUGUCUGACCUCCACGGUAAUCCUCGUUCCGCGAAUGAAGACGGAGUCGUACUAGAGAGCGCAAGACUGUCCGAUUCUGCGGACGAAUCCACGGGAUCGCGUCUGUCCGACACAUCACAAGGCCCGCAUUCCGCCGAGCGUGCAGCGUACCGUAAGACUCACGCAUACCGCGCACACCAAGUUGCGGGACCGAGCAAGUACUAUUUCGGCCUCGUGGACAUCUUGCAGGAGUGGACAGUUGCAAAGCAGAUUGAGCAUGCUUACAAGGUGCGUGUUUUACGCAAGUCGCGAGACGGUGUUUCGGCAAUCCCGCCAAAGCCUUAUGCUCGUCGCUUCCAGCGCAAAAUGAAGCAGCUGUUCAUCACGAUGCCGAUGCGUUCGCUUGAGUCUUUUGAUGACGACGACGUCCCCAACGGGGCACAUACCUAUCAAGUGUAA